AUAGUUUGAAUAAAGCCGGGACAGUCAUUAGCACGUAGAGACGAUUAUUCCGUUUUUGCAAGCGUUCUUUUUGUUUUGGUACUACUACCGGCGACAAUACUAGUACCAUUGCAAAAUGAUUUUGUGCCCCACAUAUCGGUCGUGAUAAUGUUUAGAAUAAGAAAAUUAACUCCAAACAAGAUGGGACUGGGCGGACAUUUGCAACAAGAAGAGUAUAUUUGUAAUUUACCAACAGAAGAAAAGAAAAAGGCUUUGGAAGAACUUCGAGAAGAUGACAAUAUCAGGGAACAAUCUUUGACUCAGAUGAGAGAGUGGAUCAACAAACAUCCUAAUAUUAAAAGAUGCAGAACUGAUGCUCCAUUUCUGUUACGAUUUCUGCGUACCAAGAAAUUUAGCGUACCUCUCGCCUGCGAGAUGUUGGAAAGGUACCUCAUCAUCAGGCAGCUGUACCCGCAAUGGUUCAAAAAUUUAGACUGCGACGACAAAGACAUGGCAGAAAUCAUCAACGCAGGAUAUCUCGUUCCUUUGUUGGAAAGAGAUAAUGGCAGAUUGGUACUGUUCAGUUGUGCGGGAAAAUUUGAUCCUCACAAAUACACCUCCGCACACAUGAUCAAAGUGCACAGUCUGGUAACAGAGGCAUUGAUGGACGACGAAGUCAACCAAAUCAACGGAUACACCUACAUCAACGAUGAGAGCGGAUUCCAGAUGGCGCACAUAUCGUUGUGGAGUUUGACAGAUGUCAGAAAUAUACUUAGAUGCAUACAGAAUACCACUCCAAUGAGACACAAAUCCAACCACUUCCUAAACAUUUCUUCUAGUGCUAUUAAACUCAUAGAAUUUGCUAUCUCACUAUUGAAUGAAAAAUUAAAAAAUAGAAUAUUUAUGUACAAAUCUGUUGAAGAACUCUACAGCAAAAUAGACAAAAAAAUCCUUCCCAAAGAGUACGGAGGCGAGGUACCUCUAUCCGAAAUGGUGGACAAGUUCAAGAAGCUGCUCAAAGAGAAACGCGACUCUAUCCUAGCUCUAGACGACAUGUACAUAGAGAUAGACGAAAAAUCCUGCCCCCUAGUUUCGGAAAUGAACGAAGAACUCGGCAUAGGCAUCGACGGUAGUUUCAAGCGUCUCACAGUGGAUUAAAUUCAAAGUCUAUUCUAUUUUGAAUCUCCUCAUGGGUUUAUAACCGUAUGAUCGAAAAAAAAAACGGCGUCAAAGACGGCCGGGAAUGACAAUCAAUGAUAUAUUUGGCGAGGUUAAGCCCUAGACAUUGCUCUUUUUUAUUUUUUUUAUGGCACGUACUGCCAGUUGGCCUUAAAAGGGUUGUAAUUUAUUUUUAUACCAUGUAAAAAUGAUUUAUAAAUGGUGCAGUUUAAAAUUUAACAAAAAAUAAUUUCUUGGAAAUAGAUUUAUUUGUCUGGAAACGUUUUAUCCUAUUUUAAUGACAUCUAGAGAUUGACCUCGCCAAAAUUAUCAUCUAUUGUCAUUCCCCAGCCGUAUUUGACGCCGUUUUUUGAUCAUACAGUAUUUCUGAGAUACAGUGCUUAUUUAAACAUCUCCAGUUGACAUAAAAUAUUGUCAGUAGUCAACAGCAAAGGCUGAAACUACAAACAAGCUACUGAAACCCAAACGGUAGUAACUCAUCUAAAUCUAAGCAUUUGUUUACCCAUAAUUCUUAACUACAUUUUCUGUAAGGAAAAAUGAAGAUUUUUUGAAGCUAAUUACCAACAUAUUAUUUCCUUUUUAAUUAUACUACGUUAGGUAUUUUUUUUUAUAAAAAUUUGACUAUAUCCUUUUAUAUUUUUUUAACAUUCCAAAAAUAGAAUAUUUUCCAGCUUAAUUUUAUAUUUACUAAGCUUUUUCUUAGAAUUAUUAUUAUUUAUCUUCAUAUAAUUAUUUGUCUAUUCUAUCUGAAAUAGCAUUUUAAUGUAAAGAUAAAAAACUUUUUUCAACUUGUACAUAUCAUUUUUAUCUCUGUUUUAAUCUUGAUUGAGUUAUGUGAUAUAUAAACGUUUUAUUACUAUUACUAUUAUUAUUUAACUUGUUGUUAAGUCACGCCACCUGGUGGAGAACAGUUACCGACAUUUUGUUUAGAGCACGACAGCUGCAUUUAUUGGACUUAAAUUAAGCUUAGUUAAUUAAUAAUUAAUUAUUUUUUUAUAUUGUUACUUUUUAGACAUUUUUUAUCGUUUUAAAUUUUAGUCAUUUUUUUUUUAAUGUUGAAUGUUGUGUUUUGUGUUUAGAAAUUUAUGACAUGUUUU